AUGUUUCACUCGACGCUGACUCAACGACGUCUACUACGACGUUUAACAAAUUUCCUUAAUUCCAAUGUACCAUUUUCUGGUAUUAAUAAUCCGCAACCUCGUCAAGCACUGCCAGAUCCUACGGAUCUAUUAAAUUCUCUACAUUAUGAAUGGAAUAAAGGCUGGUCCGAGUUCGAAGAGUUACAACAACAAUUCUUUCAAAAUUUCCAUCUUCCCAUUUAUGAUUCGUUGCGUUCGUUAGAAUUUGCUCGUCCCCAGAAACCUCGACCACAACGUCAACGGAAUUUCUUCGAUAUUUAUAGGACAUUGGAAAAAAGUUAUGCCGGUAAUGGUAAUGAGGCGGAUGAGUUCAAAGCUACCAAUGAUGAUUUUGAUGGUCGUUCUUUGGUGGUACAUGGUCAAUAUCCGCAUAUGGCCGCCUUAGGAUAUUUAACAACUGAACAUCGCAUCGAAUACAAAUGUGGAGGAAGUCUGAUUAGUCCGUUCUAUGUUAUAACCGCAGCACAUUGUUGUCAAGUGAAUGGUGACACCCCUGUUCUGGUCAAGUUUGGUAUUAUAAAUUUGAAGGAGGAAAAUGAUGACUCUGAAAUUCCACAGACUCGUAUUAUAUCGGAGGUGAUAUUGCAUCCCUUAUAUAACUCCUCAUUACAUUAUCAUGACAUUGCCCUGCUGAGAUUACAGGAACCCAUUGUCUUCACCAGAUUUGUCCGGCCAAUACGACUGUGGGCCCUGGAUCACAUCCCAUACCCCCACGUCUUCACAAUGGGUUAUGGUUCGACAAGUUUUGCCAAAGCCCCCACAAAUAUCCUCACAGAACUUGAUUUGACCUUAGUAAGGCUGCAGGAAUGUAAUCAGGCAUUGCCCGUAGAUGAAAGUUCGCCGGAGGGUAUUGUUGAGACACAGAUAUGUGCCAAAGAUUAUGUACACAAUCGUGAUACAUGUCAGGGUGACUCUGGUGGACCUCUUCAACUGAAUCUCAGACGUCGCAGUAAUCGCCCUGGUUUCCGUUUCUAUUUAGUUGGCAUCAUCUCAUAUGGCGAGGUGUGUGGAAGUGGUUCACCUGGAGUUUACACACGAGUUUCGUCGUAUAUCGAUUGGAUAGCAUCGAUAGUUUGGCCAGAAGAUUUUCAACAUUUUUAAGAAAUAA